AUGAAUAUCUACGCGCUGUCUACUUCAUCUUCGAUGAUGGAUGACACCGCAGCGAACAUGGGUCCCAGUGGGGAGGUCAUCUCCGAUGUGCCCCGGACGUUCGCUCGCUCAGUUUUGCCAACUGGCGAGCUUCUGUCUAUUUUGAACGACCGGAUAGACCUAACUGGGAACCGUAUUCCUACGGUACAGCAAAUCGACGAAUUGUCACGCAUGGUGUCAACCACUCUGUCGGGUGGUAACAUUCCUGGACCAAGUGCUCGUCGUCUCCUGCACAUGCAAGGUCACCAACACCAGCAACCACCGCAGCCGCAGCAACCUCAGCUCAGGCAACAACAGCAAUCGGACGAAACAGUGUAUCAACCGCCACCGUCACUUACUACUGAGCAGUCCCACUUGAGACGUCUUUCAGAAGGUGUACCUGUCACCGCAGAUUCUGGACAAUUUGGCUCAGACCACCACUUGGCCGUUGUGUCAUCUGCAGGAUCUCGGCCUCGCAACUCGCCUUCCGCCGUUUCGGUUCCUGCAGGUCCUAGUGAAUCGCUAGGCGUGGACGCUGUAGACGAAUUUGCACGUUCUAAUAUGCCUUCUCAAUGUGCAUCAGGAUCACGUUCUCAUCACGGGUCAACUACUGUCAGCACUUUCGCAAAGAACGUUCGAGGUAUGUUCCUCAUUCUUACUUUGGUCAGCUUCUAA